CCCCGCUACGAGUACCUUCUAAUUGUACUCAAUCAGUUCACUCACUUCAUCUUGAUAUCAGUUCAGACCUUGGUCAAAGGCUCUCGUUCAUUCUGUGAUCCUGGCAUACCACUCGUUCAUACUCUGCUUUUGAAGCCGUUUGGCUGCGCCAUCUUGCCGGCCCUUGUGACCAUCAACCGCAACCAGUAAUCUCCUGGAAAAUUGCCCAAGAAUACAAUACGAAGGUACCUGCCUCGAACUUUGCCACGCUGCGCAGCCCAAAAUCCGAUCCUGCCUAGCUAUCAGCACACACGCCAUAGUCACCGCGUUUCAUUCACAUCGAAAUUCACUGCUGGACGGCCCAGCCAACAUUAUUGUUGCCAGACGAACCGAAUCUCUAGCUGCCCCUCCAAAACCCGAUCGCCUUCACCGCCGAUCGAACCACAAGUCGUUGGUCUCGAGACUAUGCCUCGCUUGCGAACCCGACUCACGCCAGAGUUUUGCGGGCAUUGACGAUGCCGCGCUCAUCCUCGCAACCGAUGCGGGGUCAAAGUCAAAAGAUGGCGCAGCCUGGAAGGAUGACGAGUGAUCGGGAGAAAAGGGCAAGAUUUCAAAUUUGGAUUUCCGACGAUACCUGGUCGCAACCCGGUCGGCUGGAAGACCAUCGUAUACCCGAUACUUGGAUUCGGCAGUCCUUUAUGCGCGACAACCAGAUAACGACUCCCGUUUUGCCUGUGGUCGAGGAGGUCACGGAAACAGUAACACUGUACGCCGGGAACGUCAAACUCAAGGCGACGGGCGAAAUGUUGGUGCACAUCCGGCUGGAAAGGACUGGACAGAGGAUCAAUCAGCGGGUGUAUGUCACAGAUAAUACUCGGUGCCCGGAUAUGAUCGCUGGGGAAGAUCUCAUGAGCGCCAUGAAUGGUCAAUCCGACUUCGAAGAGCCCGCAGGGAUCGAACCUCAGGCUAACGGCAGUGCCAUAGCCAAGCCUCAGGACGUGCACAGUUUAUUUUCGUUUGGACCUGCUACAACUGCCGACCUUAGUGGCGAAGACGAGGACUCGAACAACGAUGCGGAGUCGCAAACCCAGAUAUCAGAGGAUCGAGGGACAACAUCAGACCGAGGAAAGAUACCUUUUAGCAACUCUUUUGAUGCGUCAGGGGUCCAGGCAAAGCCCACGGACGCCACAUUUUCCAAUCAGUUCGGACACUUUACAGCCAACGCUGCAGAGGAAGGCAGAUCGUCUGAGACACCUGCAACAAACCGGAUAUUGCUCGUUGGGAAGUUGAUACUGCCGUUUCUGUGUCUACUUAUUAUUUGUGCAGAGAUCGUCGCCACUGUCCUUGUUAUGUGGCGACAAGAGGGAGAAGGUGCACUCCGCCCAAUGAUCGUCUUUUCAUGGCUCCUUUCGCAGUUACUCCAGUCACCAAAUGACACGGUCCGAUUCUUGAUCUCGGCGUCCAAGGUUGUUGGAUUACUGGUCUUAUUGGUAGGAGUAUGGGCGCGCUUUGUGAAUCCACUUUUAGCACAGCCGAGCCGAGACUAUAUGGAUAGGACGCGUUGAGAAUUGUGUAUCAUACUGAUGAAUCUUCUGGGGGCAUCGUCGGUCACCUAUCUGGUGGAGGUUUUGGCGUUCUUCUGAGCGGGCGUAUCGAGUGGGUUUAAAAGGUGUUGGGCAUAAUACCUAUCAGGCAGAGCAUCAGCUUCCCAAAUGGCGAGCAGAAAAGAUUGGUCCUUACUCACCGUCUUCAAAAUAUGGCGCUUGGCCGUGCUUUGAAGUUUCAGCAGCAUGCGCGUUGGUUUGUCGUGAAGCAACGCGCCCUACCGUGAGUCUCCCAUCGCCUCUGCAUGGAAAGUGAGGCAGACCCGGUGAUUAGAGUAAACAUCUUUGCACAUGCUAAACUGGACUGGCCUUAUUAUAAGGGUAGAUGGGCUGAAGGUGAAGUUGGAGGGAACAAUAG